GAGAGGGAGGAAAAGAGCUGGUCUCAUCUGUCUGAAGUCAUUUACCGAAGUAGGGCAGUUACUUUUCCUAUAAUGCGAUCAGGAGACACUGAUCAGACUAUCAGUGUGUUUUUAUUCCCCGGACUUACACACCAUGGUGAAGUGAACUCAGGCGGGUUUCUCAUUGCAGAAGUGUCACACUUGUCUCUCAGCGGGAAGUGAAAACGAUCAUUUGCAGGCUACAAUUAAGUCGAGCGUGUUUUUAUCACCUCAGAUCAUAAAGUGUUAUCAUCGUUGGGAUCUGCUUUCUGCCUUGUGGACAUCAAGAAGAGAAAAGCAACGUAAUGUUCCACUGAUGUGUGCUGUUGGCAUCAUCUCAGCCGCACAAGAAGUUCAUGGGAAAAGGGCGCUGAGGGGACGGACCUGAGGGGAGAGGACAGCAGAGGAGCUUUUUACCAGGAGAGGAUGGAGGCGACUGUGUGUGGCGUGAGGAGAGAUGACGGCUCUAUCUGAAGUUGAAUAAACCUUUUUUUCAGCUGUCUGGGCUAAGCAGGUGUUAGGGAGUUGCCACAGCUGCCCGGGGAAUCCAGUGGAUGUGUUGGAGGUGAAGAGGCUGAGCACAGCGGCUGCCAGGCUGCAGCUAUGAUUGUUGAGGCAAGGUUUCCUCCUUCCUCAUCAGUGACCUCGCCGUUUGUUUCACCAUGCCAGAAGACCCCAUUGCCUCCUCCUUCUACAUCGUCCUGGAACUGCUGAUUGCUUUGUUCUCCGUGCUGGGCAAUGUACUGGUCUGCUGGGCCGUGUGCCUCAACACAAACCUGCAGAGCAUCACCAACUUCUUUGUGGUGUCACUUGCAAUUGCUGACAUCGCUGUGGGUGUCCUGGCCAUUCCCUUCGCCAUCGUCAUCAGCACUGGAUUCUGCUCCAACUUCUAUGGGUGCCUGUUCCUUGCCUGCUUCGUGCUGGUUCUGACACAGAGCUCCAUCUUCAGCCUGCUGGCCAUCGCUAUAGACCGCUACAUAGCAAUCAAGUUACCGCUCAGGUACAACAGCUUGGUGACAGGCGAGCGGGCACGAGGCAUCAUCGCCAUCUGCUGGGUUUUAUCCAUCAUCAUCGGUCUGACCCCCAUGAUGGGCUGGCACAAGCUGCCCAUGAACAACGACCCCCUCUGCUCGCCUGGCCUGAUGAAGUGCCUGUUUGAGGAGGUGGUGGUCAUGGAGUAUAUGGUCUACUUCAACUUCUUUGCCUGUGUACUGAUUCCCCUGCUGAUGAUGCUGGCCAUCUACCUGUGUAUCUUCAUGGCCGCUCGCCGCCAGCUCAAGCUGAUCGAGGUGAAGGCGGUUCAUGGAGAGAAGUCGCGCUCCACGUUGCAGAAAGAGGUCCAGGCUGCCAAGUCUCUGGCCAUCAUUGUCGGGCUGUUUGCAGUCUGCUGGCUGCCUCUACACAUUAUCAACUGCUUCACCCUCUUCUGUCCUCAGUGUGAUCGUCCUCCGGCCUGGAUCAUGUACGUGGCCAUUAUUCUUUCCCACGCCAACUCUGUGGUCAAUCCCUUCAUCUACGCCUACCGCAUCAGAGAGUUCAGAAAAACCUUCCGCAGGAUAAUCCAGCGCCACAUCCUGGGCCGGCAUGAGCUGUUAGAGAGUGGUAGCAGCAUGCGCAACUCCACUCACAACAGUUUUUCUGACUCCAUCAGACUCAAGGCAAACGGCCUCAGCAUUGACCUUUUCCCUGAACACAGCACCAGCACCAGUAGCUGUGAAAGCUCCUACCGCUGCUCCACUAACAUCUCUCCUGUGGGGGGCAGUCUGGUGGCAGUAUCCCGCCCCCCUCUGUCAGUCAUUAUCGCCCACUGUCCUAAGAUGGGCCCUUGUCCACUGCAAACCCUCAGACAGUCUCAUAUAGGACAUCAUCUACAGUAUGCGGAGCAGCAGCAUGACUGCGCUGGACCAGAAGUGGUGGAGGAUAAGGACAAAGAGAACCUCUGCAAGCAGAACACAAAGAGUUGCUUCAGUGAGCUGGCAAAGGUGUGCUGACCCAUGCAUAUUCAUUAAUAAUCAGGAGCCUUGCAGUAACAUGUUAGCUUGGCAGCAGCUCACGAACGAUUGGAAUAACACCUGAUCUGCAAUGGAAAUGGGAGCACUGUAAAAAGAUAAUGGACAACGAAUUUCACUGAGAUAACUUAAAUCUCUUUGCCAUGAGAAACUGUUUUCAGGAUUUGAAUACAGUGACUAUUUAAAGAGAUGGGUUGGAUUUUUUUUAAGUGGGGUUGUCUGGAGUACUUAUCUAUAGUCAGCGUAUUAACAGUAGAUGUCAGUCGGCACGCCCCCAGUUUGGAGAAGCAGGCUGGGGUCUGACACGGAAGCUAAACAAUGUACUGCUGUGGAUGGAGUCAGCAGCAAAACAGAUUUUAGCCACGUAAAAUAAAGUCCCACCUACAACAAAAUUAUAUAUCAGUUAAAGUAUGCUAUAUUAAGAGUAUUUUUUACUUCUUAACCUUUCUGUCAGACAGCCAACGGGGGAAAACGUUAAAGGCUUCAGUUCCCUCCCCUCAAAUCAAAGCCACCAGACUCCAUUGACAAAAACAGUAAUUCUAGCUCACUGAACACUGGAGCUUCUGGUCUACUGCUGCUUCAAUCAGUCAGUUUGUUUUAUUGUGUAACUUUGCUGAACCUGAACAUACCAUUUUAAAUGUCAAAGUCACACAAUAACACAAACAAAUGAUUGCUUGGGGCAGUGGUAAGUCUGGCUUUGAAGAGAACUGUCUGACAAAGCAGGGAAAAUACUCUGAAUAUAGCGUACAUUUACAGUGGUUUUGAUUUUUUUAGGUGGGACUUUUUAAGGUGGCUAAAAUUUGUCUUGUUGCUGACCCCUCCACGGUAGUAGAUUAUUUAGCCUCCAUGUCCGACUCCAGUCUGCUUCUCCAAACUGGGGGUGUGCAGACUGAUAUCAACUGUUUAUAGUAUACGGUCCAUGGAUAAGUACCCCAUACAACCCCACUUCAAAAAAUCUAUGCCUUUAAUUUAAACCAGGUUAAAAGUCUAAAAGCACUGUUGGAGGCCCAAAGAGUUUGUGCUGCUUCAUAACACCCCACAUGACCAUGAAAAUGACUGAAUGACUGCCAUUUUUAUUUUUAAGGUGCAGGCACUUCACACAUCACAAAUGGCUCUGCGUUCAUUUCAACAAACAAGACUAAAUGCUUUCACUUUCUCUUUGUGAAUAGUUAAGAGUUCAGUACAAAUGUACUUUGAACAGUGAAACUGUGCGACCCACCGAAGCUUAGCCAAUAUAGAGAGAAGGGACAGUAUGGACCCUCACUCUCUUAAUACAUUAGGAGUGAUUCAUUGUUGACUUUUCAUGAUGUCCAUCUUUGUUGAACUGCAGGCUGAAAUAAUACCAUAGUGUGUGAGUAAAUUUCAUCCUGUCAUUUCUGAUCUGAAUGGACCAUUGGCUGAAGACUUAUUGUAAGACUUAUUAUUAAAUUAUUGGUACAUAUUUAAAUUUUCAGGGAUGUGGGUAUAAAUGCACUGUGAUGGAUUCACCUUAUACCACUAUCAUGGAUCAUGUGCGGAGGAUUAUUUCACAUUCAGUCUUGCACCAUCAUUUGCACCAUAUUUUGAUUCAGUCCAUCCAUAGGAGCUGCAUGGUGCAGACAGCGACACCAAUCUGCUUAACAAAGUUCAAGCUCAUUUGCAGAACUUUUUUUCUCACAUUUGUCCUAUUCCUUACUCUCACUUUGUAAUCCAGCUUCAUUGCAUAGGUUUAUGUGUCACAACAUUAAAUGAAUGAGUUCUAAUUGGACUAAAAUAUAAAAACAGGACUUUCACCAGUGACAGAUCGGUUCAUGUUUGUGUCAAAGGCAGUAUAUAAUGUUUGACAUGUUUUAAAGCUAUAGGCCCUGGAGUUGGUAAUGUAUUGCUCAAAUGUAACUUUGUAUUUUUGUUGGCUCUGUGUGACUUGACUUAUUUAAGUUAUAUUAAUGUAAAUGUUGGCUUCUGGGCUAGUUUGAUGAAUGAUGGGAUAUAACUGUAAAAGGAUAAUGAAUGAUUAUAUUUUAGACUUAAGUCAAACUCAUGGAUGAAGUUCUUGUUUUUUAUUUUUCCUGAUGGAUGUCUCCCUAAUCCAGCCCAGCUGUUGCCUUCUGUGCUAUUAUCACAAGUAAUACUUUGAACUCAGCAAUGGCCACAAUGGCACAUUAAUUAUUCAUUCACUGUAGGAGCAGCUCCAAGCUUCACUUUGGUUCCUCACCAUUUAGGGUUUGACAUCGGAUCUGGAGGUCUACAACUGAGUUAGAGAUCUGGUUUGCUCAUUCUGGGAAAAGGUUAGUUAAGUAGUCAGACUAUCUUUGGAGUUAUUUAUUUUCCCAGCUUUUAUCACAAGUCCCCUGUGAGUUCAUGUUGCAGGGUGCAGGGCCCACUUCUUUUUCCAUGUUUCCCCACGGGUCUGUAGUGCUUUUUUAAAGAUUCACCACAGAAAGCUCCUGGGUGCUCAUGCUCUACUGCUGUCCUGUGUGGCAGCGUCUUGUCUCCUCAGCUGAGUCAUGUCGAGGGUAUGAUCCAAAACUUUAGGCUAUUAAAGCUCUAUGGGGUAUCUAGUGAGAAAACAUAUGUAUAGUAAAUAUGGAACUACAGCCAGUUUCCAAACAAGGAAACAGUAUGGUUGCUUCUGUUUAAAGGCAAAAAAAAUUACAAGCACAUCUGAAGCUCAUGGUUUAAAACAUUGAAUGAUACUGUUUUAUGGUGGUUUAUGUGCCCACUGGUUAGUACCUUCAGACGAGGCUAGCUAUUUCCACCUGUUUUCAGUCUUUAUGCUAAACUAAGCUAAGCUAAGCAGUUGCUGGUAGUACUUUUACUACUGUAUAUUGGUUCAGUCUUACAACUCUCAUCAGCUCACAUUUACAGGCACUACCUGUACCUGCUCAUUAUCAAACAGCAAACAGACAAAGUUAAAAAAGAGCUGUUGAAAAUAAUGGAGCAUUAAACAGCAAACAGCACUGUCUCCUACAAGUUAUGUUCUAAUGUAACCAAAAUCAGGAUUACCUUAACCAAAGUGCUUUUAUUUUCAAAACCUAAGACAGGAGGUCUGGAUGAGAAUCCAAAUUCUGGUGUCAAUGUCCUGCUCUUUGUAUGCCUGUCACCCUGCCCAACUACCUCCUUGCAAAGCCUUCACUGUACAUGAAUGUAGAUUUUCCUCACCUGAAAGACAGAUUGUCUCUGAACAUAAUCCAAGGUGGGGAAACUCCAGCAACACUUCUUGUUUUUAGAACAACUUUAUUGGUCAACAUGAUUCUGAUGAUGGCCACAAGCUGGAAUGCUUUGGUUUGCAAUAAAAUUGCUCUAAAUAAUACAAGUGCUGCUGGAUUUUGAAAGCCUUUAAUUUGUCUUCCUUCUCUGUGCACCUUGGAAGUAGGUGAAGUUGCUCCAGAAACCCUCCAAGUCCAAAAUUAACUUUAUUUUUAGCUCUGUUUUGGUGUCCACCAGCUCCUUAGAGAAAUAUCUGGCUCUUUAGGUGCAAUCCUAUCUCCUAGAAAUUACAUUCGCAUUUUACUAAACUGCUUUUUUAAUUAUGAUGUUGUGGCAAUGUAAUUGCUGCCGGGAUUACAGUAUUGCAGGUUCAACUCUCCAAAGGUAUAGAGUAGUGCAGGAAUAAGUCCUUAAACCCAGAAAUGAGGUAGCAUUUUAGCAAAAUGUGUAAUAUAAACUUUUGUUUGCCACAGAGCUUAUUUUCAGCAAUAUUCCCAAAUACAAUGGAAAAACAAUAUUGGCUUUAUUUUGUCGAAGGAACCAGGGCGAUUUUAAGUUUUGGUUCCAGUUUGUGGUGGGAAACAACAAAGCCUCUUUUUCAGUCAGUGUUGACAUCAUUGUCCAGCAGGUAGCUAUAAAUUAUGGCUACCUGCUGGACAAUGAUGUCAAGAGUUUAUAUUAUUCUGUUUCUUAUUAAAGUUUUAGACAACAAAUGUAGUAACAAAACUCUUGUCUUAGGUUUAGACAUCAAAUGCCUUUUGGUUAAGGUGAGGAAAAGUUGUGAUUUGGGUUAUAUUAUAAUGAGAAAUGUAAUAUUAAAACCUCUUGUCUUGGGUUCAGACAUCAAAUGCACUCUGAAAGCAAUAAUGCUGUAGUCACUACAUGUGGACACUGUAUUGCUUGAUUGCAUUUUUUGGUAAAAAACAAACAAACAAACAAACAAAAAAGCGAAAUACACAGCCAGUGAACAUUUUGCUAGUAUCAACAAGUAUCAACAUUUUUGCAACGUGCCAGAUAUAUUCACUAACAACAGUUCCUCAUUAUGUUAACAGAAAACUUUUUCUUUCCUUAGCGUUACUUUUUAUUGUUUUAGGUUAGUUGUAUAUAAACGUGAUUUCUAGGAGACAGGGCUGCACAAACAUCAACAUAUUAAACUUCAGUGAUCCAAAGGAACAAUGAUAAAGAAAAGAAAAAUGAUCCAAAGGUCCACAAAGCUUCUCACACUUUACAGUUUAAAAGUCCAAGCCUUCAUACAGUAGAUUUCCACGACUGUGUGACUAAGACCUGACCUACAACAUUUGCAAAUACGUUGAUGCUGCCGGUUGCUUUUACAGCAACUCCUCAGCUCUUAAAUUUUCAGGUUGCAACCUUAGAAUAAAAACAAAAGCGUUCUCAGUUUCAUAAGACACUUUCAGUUUUCAGUUGAGGCUUUAAUCUCAUUUUCUGAGCGCAGAAACACAGGAUGACUUCCAGUGAAGAGAUGAUAAAAAAUAUAGGGCUGAAACUACUGAUGAUUUUCAUUAACAUUUAAUCUGCAGAUCAUUUUCACGAUUAAUCAAAAAAUAAUUUAGUCUAUAAAAUGUACAAAAAAGAAAAUGCAAGCACAAGUUUCCAGAGCCCAAAAUGACGUCUUCAAAUUUCUUCUUUUGUCCGAUCAACAGUCCAAGACCCAAAGACUCUUCAUUUGCUAUCAUAAAUGGCAAAAGGCAAUUAAUUUUCUCUCAAAUGACUAAUCAAUUAAUCUUUCUCCUGGGAGCUACAGAGCCUCUUUGAGUGACUGGUGGAAAAAUAGCAUGACCCUCCCUCUACCAUAAAUUAGCAAUUAGAUUUUUAAAAUGUAUCACUCAAA